CGUGUUUGUGUCUGUGACGGGAGGGGUUGUUAAAAAAAAAAGAGCAAAGGCAGAAGGGAGACGAGCGCGUCAUUUGUGGAUGAGCGCAGCGAUGGCUGAUGGUUAGGGUCGACCUUAGCUCUCCAGGCUCUCUGGAAGAGGCGUGGCUCCAUCCCACCUCGCCCAAGACCAAACUCGGAACCACCUGUAUGGACCACCGGGACUCAGGCGAGCUUCUCUCAUCUGCGUCCUCCAGGCGCCAGCAGCCGCGGGAUGACAACGAGGGCGACAUGACGGUGGAGAACAUGCCGGAGGAGACGGCCGUGCUCUCGGCGCCCCACCACCUGUCCAUGGGUCGAUUCGAGCUGGGCCGCCAGGCUGGAUGCUGCGAGCGGGUCGUCAUCAACAUCUCAGGCUUGCGCUUCGAGACGCAGCUGAAAACUUUCAACCUGUUCCCGGACACGUUGCUGGGGGACCCCAGGAAGAGAAUGCGCUACUUUGACCCCCUCAGGAACGAGUACUUCUUCGACCGGAACCGACCCAGCUUUGACGCCAUCCUCUAUUACUACCAGUCCGGGGGGCGCAUCAGGAGACCUGUUAACGUCCCCAUUGAUAUUUUCUCAGAGGAGAUCAGGUUCUAUCAACUCGGUGAGGACGCAAUGGAGAAAUUUCGAGAGGAUGAAGGCUUCAUUAAAGAGGAGGAGCGCGUCUUGCCUAAAAAUGACUUCCAAAAGCAGAUCUGGCUCCUAUUCGAGUACCCGGAGAGCUCCGGUCCGGCUCGGGGCAUCGCUAUUGUGUCCGUGCUCGUCAUCCUCAUCUCCAUCGUCAUCUUUUGUAUGGAGACCCUGCCUGAGUUCCGGGACGAGCGAGAGCAAGCCGAGACGCGGACUCGCACUUUGAACGCCACAGGUCACCUUUACGCGCCGAGUCCCUUUACGGACCCCUUCUUUGUCAUCGAGACCCUUUGCAUCAUUUGGUUCUCCUUCGAGCUGCUGGUGCGCUUCUUCGCUUGCCCCAGCAAGACCAACUUCUCCAAAAACAUCAUGAACCUCAUCGACAUCGUGGCCAUCAUCCCGUACUUCAUCACUCUGGGCACCGAGCUGGCCGAGACGGAGACCAACGGGGGCCAGCAGGCCAUGUCCCUCGCCAUCCUCAGGGUCAUCCGCCUGGUGCGCGUGUUCCGCAUCUUCAAGCUCUCACGUCACUCCAAGGGUCUCCAGAUCCUGGGGCAGACCCUUAAGGCCAGUAUGAGGGAGCUGGGCUUGCUCAUCUUCUUCCUCUUCAUCGGGGUCAUCCUCUUUUCCAGUGCGGUGUACUUCGCCGAGGCGGACGACCCGACCUCCAGCUUCAACAGCAUACCGGACGCCUUCUGGUGGGCGGUCGUCACCAUGACUACGGUGGGCUACGGGGACAUGCACCCAGUGACCAUCGGUGGCAAAAUCGUAGGCUCGCUGUGCGCCAUCGCCGGCGUGUUGACCAUCGCCUUACCGGUGCCUGUCAUCGUGUCCAACUUCAACUACUUCUACCACCGGGAGACGGACGGGGACGAGCAGCCUCUGUACGCGAACACCGGCAGCUGCGACCACCUCCCCGGUGCGGAAGUGCUGCAACCGCGGGGGUCUUGCGCCUCCUCGACCAUCGUCAAGGGCGACUUUGCCGGCGUGGAGGAAAGCGUCAAGCGGGCCAACUUGAGCACCGAAAACAGCCAGAACUGCGUUAACAUCACCAAGAUCUUUACGGACGUGUAAAUGUGACCCACACUGAACAUGUGGGGUGGAAAAAAGUAGCAACAACUUUUAUUUUUUUAAAACGACAGUGGUCCAUACUGUAUCUGUACUAAUACACUAAAUGUCCACUUUUAACAAGUCAUUUAGCCUUUUUUAAAUGUAACUUCUCUUUUUUUUUGUAUUUUUCUAAAUCCGUAUUAUUUUUCAUCCUCAUAACUUUUACAUUUUCAAGUAUUAUUUACAAAACUUUUAAAAACGGAUAUAUAUUUCCCCUUUGCCUACAUAUCUUGAUGUUGAAACUUAUUGAUGUUGACAGGACACUUCAUAAGGUACACCUGUACAAUAUAAUGCAGGGGUUUUCAAAGUGGGAGGCAGUAGUAUCUUGAGAAAAACAAAGACAAACAUUCCUAAAACCAUCUAACUUCAGUUAUGUUAAAGUCCUGAGGGCAGUAUGGUUCUUUGAAGUGAAACUUUGAAAACCCCUGCUCGAAUUGAAUCUAAUGCACACGAUUGGUGGAAAUACCUGCCUUUAAAAAGAUAAUAAUGCUCAGUUUUCAUUGUGUUAUAACAAUGUGUUUGUUAGUGGUGGAAAAGUGCACUGUUUGUAACAUUUUGGUUACAAACACAGCAAUAUAAUGAAAAAACCUUAGCCUACAGCUUUGGCUCAGUGUUGGGUGAUGGUCUGCCUCAAUCAGUUGCAUUAUGACUACUAAUAUGUUCAUAAUAACUCUCUUGACAGUGUGAGGAUUAUUAUUUUUGUGAAGACAGAUGUUAUCUCAUUUGAUUGUCCAUGUGUACCUAAUGUUGUGUUCAGUGUGCGUUGUCUGCUAUAUACACUAUAUAUCUCCAUGAGUCAAAUAGGCCGUCUUGAGAUUUGAUAUUGUCAAGUGAAUAGAGUCAUUUGUAUAGACAGCCUGUUGAGAUGUUCAGAUUAUUAAUCAGGUAUAAAAUACGCUUGAGUGCUGUAUAGAUGACCAUAUAAUUUUAAAGUCCGUUUUUUAUUUGUUUUACAUUCAGAGUUGCCUAUAUACACAGACUGUUGUAAAUAAAACACACACUGAAGUUACUCAAAAAGUGUUGGAAGAUGCAUCCUAGUGAGCCAUGUGUUGAUAUAAGGAUGAACUGAACCUUUGACCCUUAUCUCCUAAGGCUACCUUGUGUUGGAUAUUCAACCUGAAGAAGGGUCGUACUGAAAAUAAACUACUUUAUGAUGGUGUUUAACUUUC